GUUGCGGGUUUCGGUUCGUUUAGUCGGGAAUUUGAACAAAAUUUGAAAUUAAUUCAAAUUAUUCUAAUAAAAAAACAAAAAAAUAAAUAAUUAAUCAAAGUUUUUCAUUAAUUUAUAAUGAAAAAUUAAAAAAAUUACGUCUGUGAUAAAAAAAAAAUAUUUUUUUUUUUAAAUUUAAACAUGGAGUUCGGCAAAACAGGAAUUCCCCCGUCAAUUUCGCACAAAUAUCCAACAAAUCGGGAUGUUGCCGUCAGAACAGGUUACAUUUGGCUUGAUGGGCGUCGCCAAGACGAAAACGCCGAAGGAUUAUGGCGCAUCUACGACAACCUGUACGACUUUACAGACUUCAUCAAACGUCAUCCGGGCGGUCCCGAUUGGCUUGCGCUGACUAAAGGUUGCGACAUCACCGAAACCUUCGAAAGUCAUCACAUCUCGUUGGGUCCCGAGCAACUUUUGCCGAAAUAUUUCGUGCGCAAAGCCAAACUUCCGCGCAAUUUCAAACUCACGUUGCACGAAGACGGCUUCUACAAGACUCUAAAACGAAAAGUUCGCGAAAAAUUGCCUUCGUUAGAUCGAAAAAAGGAAGUUGCAUCAAAACGAGUACUCGAUACAUGCCUUGCGGUGACAUUUUUAUUUGCAAUUGCAAGUGCCCGAUUCCACAGCUACCUUUUAGCGAUCGUGGCGGGCGUAUUUCUCAACUAUACCGUCAUCAGUGCGCACAACUUUUUCCAUCAAAAGGACAAUUGGCGCAUGAAAAUGUGGAAUUUGUCGCUUUUUUCGUAUCGCGAAUGGCGAAUUUCGCACGCAAUGUCGCAUCACAUCUACACAAACACCUUGCAUGACCUUGAGAUUUCCUAUUUUGAGCCGUUUUUCAACUGGUUACCAAGUCCGAACAUUAAAUCGACUUUUGGAGCGAUAUUUUCGAGCCUUAUAGCGCCCAUUGUUUACGUUUUUGCAUUUUUCAUGGAGUUCACAAAGAGACUUUAUCUCACCAUGACCACGAAACAGCAACUUUUUCACACUGACGAUGUAGUUGUGCCGCUUUCUCUGCCCUUUGCGAUGCUCGUUUUUGGUUCAAUGACGCCGCAACAAGUUUUUACAAUGUGGAUCUUCAUUUUGGCAGUUGGAAGUUUUGUCUUUGGAUGCAUUGGGCUUAACGCGGCGCAUCAUCAUCCGGAAAUCGUUCAUGAGGGAGACGCCUUGAAUCCGAAGCUCGAUUGGGGCAUUUUUCAGUUAGAUGCCGUCAUGGAUCGCACAGAAAUCCAAGGAAUUUGGUUGACUUUGACGCAUUUCGGGGACCACGCUUUGCAUCAUCUCUUUCCGACAAUCGAUCACAUUCAUUUGCCGGAGUUGCAGCCCUUAUUGCUUGAAACCUGCAAGGAAUUCGAGGCAGUUUGUCGUGAAUGUCGUUGGUGGGAACUCAUAAAGGGACAAUUCCAACAAUUGGGGCGAACAGAAGUGAAUCCUGUGCCAGUUUCGCUGCGAAAAAAUAAUAUUUUUGCAUUAAAGUGAUAAUUUUUGGGGGAGAAAUUAGCUCAAAAGUUAGAUUAGAACGGAUUUUCAUUUAAUUUAAAGGGAAACAAAAUAAAUUUAACUGAAAUUUUUAAGAUUUUUUUUUGAAAAUGAGACGAAAUAAAGUGAUAAAAGUAA